AUGGUAGAACCACCACCUAAGAUGUUACGGGAGUAUGCAAUGCCCGAUGCUAGUUCAACCUCUGCAAGUAUAGUAAGACCUUCUGUCCAAGCUAAUAAUUUUGAACUUAAGCCUGCUUUAAUCCAUAUUGUUCAGCAAGAUCAGUUUGGUGGGUCACCUAUUGAAUGUCCAUUAGAACAUUUAGCUAAUUUUCUUGAAAAAUGUGAUACCAUUAAGAUAAAUGGUGUAAGUGAAGAUGCUAUUAGACUUAGGUUGUUUUCAUUUUCACUUAGAGAUAAGGCAAGAAAAUGGUUGUCCUCUAAAUCGUCUGAUCCUUUUACCACUUGGACUUCUUUAUCUCAAGCUUUUCUAAAUAAAUUUUUCCCAAUUGCUAAAACGGCUAAAUUGCACAAUGAUAUUACUAAUUUCACUCAAAAUGAAUUAGAGUCAUUAUAUGAGUCUUGGGAAAGGUUUAAAGAUUUGCAACACCAAUGUCCUCACCAUGGAAUACCUGAUUGGCUACUUGUGCAAACUUUUUAUAAUGGCUUAAAUCACUCUAUUAGAAGUACUAUAGAUGCUGCAGCAGGUGGUGCUGUAAUGAGUAAGACAACAGAAGAGGCUAAUAAGUUAUUAGAAGAACUUCCUUUUAAUAAUUAUGGUUGUUCUAGUGAAAGAUCAGUUGCUAAAAAGAGUACAGGGAUGUAUGAUGUGGAUGGUAUUAACAUGUUAAAUGCUAAGGUUGAUAAUUUGACUAAAAUUUUCAGUAAAAUGAGUAAUGUUAGUCUUAUUUCUAGUCCUGAUUUGUCUUGUGAUAAUUGUGGGGGUGCACAUGCCAGUAAUGAUUGUCUUAAUUUUGAACAAGCUCAAUAUGUUUCUAAUUAUAAUCGAUCACAAAAUGACCCCUACUCUAAUACUUAUAACCCUGGCUAG